AUGAAAACGAUCCUGCGCGAAGCGGAGCUUCUGGGCAGCUUAAGCCAUCCAGGGAUUCCGUUCAUGAAGGAAAUCAUUCAGGGAAAGGUCGGGAUGGAGCGCGGGUCUGACGCCGCAGAAACACUUAUACAUAAUCAUGGAACUCGUGACGGGCGGCGAUCUCUUCGACCGAAUCAUCAAGCUGGGGCGAUACAACGAGGUGGAGGCGCGGUCGCUGAUGCAGAACGUGCUGGAAGUGAUCCACUAUCUCCACCAUCGGAACAUCGUGCAUCGCGAUAUCAAGCCCGAGAACAUUCUCCUCAUGUACGAAAACAACAACACCGCCAUCAAAGUCACCGAUUUCGGACUCGCCAAGUCGGUCGCCGACGGCCUUCACACCUACUGCGGAACGCCGCAGUACUACGCUCCGGAGAUUCUGGAGCGUCGAGGGAAGCACGGACUCAAAACCACCUACGGAAAAGCGGUCGAUAUGUGGAGUCUGGGCGUUUUGCUGUUUGUCGUGCUGUCGGGAAGCCUGCCGUUCAGCGCCGAAUCGCUCUCGCAGCAAAUCAUGGGCGCGGAAAUCAGCUUCCAGAGCCCGGUGUGGAAGGGAAUCUCCGCCGAAGCGAAGGAUCUGAUCACCAAGUUGGUCGUCGUGGAUCCGGCGAAGCGUCUGACGAUCGACGAGGCGCUGCAGCACCCCUGGAUCCAAAACGUUUUGGCUUUGCGAGAGCAGAGUGA